GGAUCUCUCCCUGCCCGACGCUUUCUUCCCACUCGUGGAUCGGGAGGGAGAGAGGGGGCGUCCACGCGUCUCCCUGCGCCCCUCACCCUGGCAUCAGCAUGAUCUGCUUUGGGGCACUGUCUGAUUCUAGCUUUCCUGGAGAAUUCUCCACUUGAAGAACAUAGUAUGGAUCAUGAGGCCCCAACCAUCAGGCCUCGUCGGAUCCAGAACCAGAACGUCAUCUACCGUCUGGAACGUCGAAGGAUUACCUCUGGCAAGACUGGGACUCAUUGGCACCAAGUCCGCAUCUUCCACCAAAAUGUCUUCCCCAAUUUUACUGUGGUCAACGUUGAAAAACCACCCUGCUUCUUACGGAAGUUUUCCCCUGAUGGAAGGUACUUCAUUGCCUUCUCCUCAGAUCAGACUUCUUUGGAGAUCUAUGAAUAUCAGGGGUGUCAAGCAGCAGAGGAUCUCCUUCAGGGCUACGAUGGGGAGAUCUUGGCUAAUGGCAACGACCAAAGGUCAAUCAACAUCCGUGGGCGGCUCUUUGAACGUUUCUUUGUUCUCCUUCACAUUACCAAUGUGGCCUCCAACGGUGAGCACUUGAACCGCGAAUGUAGCUUGUUCACGGAUGAUUGCCGCUAUGUCAUUGUUGGCUCUGCUGCGUAUCUGCCUGAGGAGCCCCACCCUCCCUUUUUUGAGGUUUACCGCAACAGCGAAUCAGUGACCCCUAACCCUAGGUCUCCUUUGGAAGACUACUCUUUGCACAUUAUAGACCUUCACACAGGCAGGCUGUGUGACACCAGGACGUUCAAAUGUGACAAAGUCAUCCUGUCCCACAACCAAGGACUCUACCUGUAUAAGAAUAUUCUGGCCAUUCUGUCUGUACAGCAGCAAACCAUUCAUGUCUUUCAGGUAACACCUGAAGGCACCUUCAUUGACGUACGAACCAUUGGCCGCUUUUGCUAUGAGGAUGACCUUCUCACGCUCUCUGCUGUCUAUCCAGAGGUCCAACGGGAUUCUCAGACAGGCAUGGCGAACCCGUACAAAGAGCCGUUCAUAAAUUCUCUGAAACACAGGCUGCUGGUCUACUUGUGGCGACGGGCGGAGCAGGAUGGAAGCGCUAUGGCUAAAAGGAGGUUCUUCCAGUAUUUUGACCAGCUGAGGCAGCUGCGCAUGUGGAAGAUGCAGCUGUUGGAUGAAAACCAUCUCUUCAUCAAAUACACAAGCGAGGACGUAGUCACGUUACGGGUGACGGACCCUUCACAGCCCUCGUUUUUUGUCGUGUACAACAUGGUGACCACCGAGGUGAUUGCUGUGUUUGAGAACACGUCGGAUGAGUUGCUGGAACUGUUUGAGAACUUCUGUGACCUCUUCCGGAAUGCCACGCUCCACAGCGAGGUGGUGCAGUUCCCUUGCUCCGCCUCGAGCAACAACUUUGCCAGGCAGAUCCAACGUCGAUUCAAGGACACUAUUGUGAACGCAAAGUAUGGUGGGCACACGGAGGCCGUACGGCGGCUGCUGGGCCAGCUUCCAAUCAGUGCUCAGUCGUACAGCGGCAGCCCCUACCUUGACCUCUCCCUCUUCAGCUACGACGACAAGUGGGUCUCGGUCAUGGAGCGCCCCAAGACAUGCGGCGAUCACCCUAUCAGAUUCUAUGCCCGAGAUUCUGGUCUUCUGAAGUUUGAAAUCCAAGCAGGACUCCUGGGCCGGCCCAUCAAUCACACAGUCCGGCGCUUGGUUGCAUUCACUUUCCACCCUUUCGAGCCCUUUGCUAUUUCCGUGCAACGGACUAACGCCGAAUAUGUCGUCAACUUCCAUAUGCGUCACAGCUGCACAUAGCGCGCUUUUCGUUUAUGGCGGUCGCGGGUGUUGAGUAGGUGCAUUUCAUCACAGACACACCAAAGUUAGUCUCAUGCUCUAGGAAACCAAACAGCCAUGUCCCUUUUGAGGACCUAAAAAGGUGUCGUCUUGGCCAAUAGCAUUUGACUCUCACAGGUUAGAUGAGUGCUGAUGAAUCCAGAGUUCAUUGUGCUUCUCCUCUUCAUGUUUGUUAAGCUUCAGCCCUUUGGUCAUUCUAUAUGAGCCAAACAAACGUAUCUUGUGAAGUCCUCUUGCUCCAACAACCUCUAUAUUUUUUGGCUAGGGGGUGAGGAGGAUGGUAAUACCAGAUAAGCACAAUGGGACUGAGAAACCAUUUGCGUUUCACCAAGGAGUUUAGUCUUCCCAUUGUUCAUCUCUCGUCAGCUUUUUCUCGUAACUGGGAGCAAGCUCUUCCAUCAUUGUUUAAGGAUGAAAAAGCAUCUGUUUAAAAAGUAGCAGGGAGAGGGGGGGUGGAGAGAAAAAUAUAUAGACAAGCCAGCCUUUUGUCUUCAUGCACAGAGUUUCACACUCUCCCAGCGGUGUUCAGCCACGUGGCAUCGAGGAUUGGCCCUUAACAGCUUUUAGAUCUUGGGAGGUCUGAGUGCGACCUGGUGAGUAGCGUCACCCGGCUUGGUAAUGUGGGUGUUUAGUUUUGUCCCUCAGUUGUGCGCAGUCUGCUUCAGCCAAGGCCCUGAUGUGAGCUAGAUGGCAAGGUGCUCGCAGCUGGGCCGUGCGAGAGAUAUGCACAGCAAGGACAAUUGUCUGGGAGCUUCGUGGCCGCCGUCUGGUUGCUCUUCUUUCCUCUGGGAGGUUCAUGCUUUGGUUGCUUUGCUUUUCUCUCGCCUUUGCGGCCUCCGAAUGGCUUUGCAAGUGGUUCUGUUCACAUUCUCGCUAUGUCCGUCUAGCAUGUUGGAGGCAGAGCGAACGCCUCAAAGGAGUGUGAGGUUCUUCAUGGCAGAUGCUCACUGGGAGAUGGUCAGAGCAUUCGCUCCUCCUGAAAUGCUGGCUGCAUUUUGUAGAUGUGAUUCAUGAAACGGGAGUUCAAACGUGUUGUUGCAUCCAUUUUAUUGAUCUUUGCUGGCUGCCUUUUGUAGAUAUUUGGCACUAGAGAUGAGGUUGGGGCAAGAAGGAUGUGAUAAGCACUGAGCAGGGGGCAUCAUUCCGAGAUGUCUUAAGAACAUACGAAGGGCUGUGUAGGAUCAAACCAAAGGCUUCU